UCUUGGGCGCCCGCCCCAGAUCCUCCGCCAUGUGACCCUGUUCCCUUCCCUUCCCCUCCCCUCCCCUUGGCCCAGCCUGGCCGGCCUCCGUCCCUCCCUCUGUCCCCCUCCGGCCCCGGAGCCCCCGUCCCUGUCCGUGUCGGCGUCCCGGGGCAGCGCUCGGAGGCAGCCGUCCGGGGCCGGGCAUGGAGAGGAACAAGGUGUUCGUGGUGCUCGACGUGGUGUGCCUUGUGGUCGCUGCUCUGCCCUUUGCCAUCCUGUCCCUGGUGAAUUCUCCGUACAAGAGGGGCUUCUAUUGCAACGAUGACACCAUCCGAUACCCAUACCGCCCCGAUACCAUCACCCACGGCCUCCUGGCGGGCAUCACCAUCACUGUCAGCGUCAUCAUCGUCUCGACUGGAGAGGCCUACCUGGUCUACACCGAGCGCCUCUACUCCCGCUCAGACUUCAACAACUAUGUGGCUGCCCUGUACAAGGUCCUGGGCACCUUCCUCUUUGGGGCAAGCGUGAGCCAGUCCUUGACUGACCUCGCCAAGUACAUGAUCGGCCGCCUUCGGCCCAACUUCCUCGAUGUCUGUGACCCCGACUGGACUCGGGUCAACUGCUCCGUCUACGUUCAGCCCGAGUUUGUGUGCCGAGGAAGCCCAAGGAAUAUCACUGAGUCCAGGCUGUCCUUCUAUUCGGGCCACUCCUCCUUCGGCAUGUACUGCAUGGUCUUCCUGGCGCUGUAUGUCCAGGCCCGCCUGUGCUGGCGGUGGGCAAGGCUCCUGAGGCCCACAGUCCAGUUCUUCCUGGUGGCCUUUGCCCUCUACGUGGGCUACACGCGUGUGGCCGACUACAAGCACCACUGGAGCGACGUGCUGACCGGUCUCCUCCAGGGAGCCCUCGUGGCCGGGCUCACGGUUCGCUACGUCUCAGACUUCUUCAAGGUUCGCCCCCCUCAGCCCAGCCCAAACGAGGAGUUGGAACGGAAGCCCAACCUGGCCCUGGCCUUGACCCUCACCGAGGGGGACCGGAAUCACUUCACUUACGCCGGCCCCUCCUGAGUGGUCUCCCCCACCCCUCCCCCACCCCAGGCCAGAGCAGGGAUCCCCUGCCUGGACCUCCGUAGCCUCUUUCCUUCCUGCCUCCCAGCAUGGUCCUGCUGUUUGGGGGGGGGGUGCGAGCCACUCUAGCGAACUGCGCUUGGGGGGGGGGUCUUGUCCCCUGUGCCUCCUUGGGGACGGAGGAGCUAAAUGAAAAGCCUGGAGGAGAGGCGGGAGGCUGGGCCGGGGGAUCCCAGCUGUAGAAAUCCAGCAGCCUUCCCUGUUUGCUAGGGUGAGGGCCAGGCUGGAGUCUGUAUCUUUGCUGUGUUGUAGUGUAACAUAGGUGAGUUUUUCUUGAAUGAGAACAACUGUAGGGGGGAAGAGGGAAAAGAGGGGCUGGUUCCCUUCCUCAGUCCUGGGCUGUCCUCUGAAACUUGGGGAAGGAGGAAGGAAGGCCCCCAUCUUCUCGUUCCAGCCCCAUCCCAUCGCCCCUCACUUUUUCUAGAGCUUCUGGAUUCAAGAGUUUCCCAGAAACUGGAGAGGGGUCUGGCUCUUCCCAAAGCCCAAAGAGCCCCCCCCCCAAGAGAAUGAAACCCUUGGCCUCCGAGUGCCCUCUGUCCACUUGAACCCUGUGAUUCCACCCAAGAGGACUACCAGGAAGAGUAUCUGCCGUCCACCACUUCUAGCUCAGCCUCCUGUGGGGCACUGAAAUUCUUACCCAGUCUGGAAGGGUAGAGGACAACAUCCAAACAGAGGGUGGGGGAUGUGUGACCUGGAUCUCAGAGGCCGAUGACCCCUUUGUUUUAUAAUUGGGAAACUGAGGCCCAGGAAGAGGCAGAACUGCUCCGAAGUCACCUAGAGAGUCACUGCAUUGGAUAAAGAACAGGAACUCCUAGUCUCCCCAAAUCCUAGCCCAGGGCACCUUCUCUAACCUGACAGGGGAGCUCCCCUCCUCCUAGGCCUUCUCUUAAGGCUUCCCUGACCCCGGGCCCUAGGUCUGGAGCUGGACACACCUGUCUGGGCAUGGCAAAGGGCUGGGGAAGGGAACAGUGUUUGCUUGCUGGCCCCCUUCCCCAUCCGACUAGGAAUCGAGGCCAGAAAUAGCCUUUAGAGCUUGGUGAUUUGGAGGGGUCUCCCUGCCUCUGGAGAGAGGUAGUGGAAAACCCCUCCUGACGUCCUAGAGACUCCUCUAGCCUGGAGAAUGUCCUGCUCCAUUCUUUAGUUUGUUUCCCCCUAAUCUCUCAGGUCUAUGAGGCCCCCCAAAAAAGACCCGGACAUUUGCAGUAAGCAUUGUGGGUCCCAGCUCUGCUGGCUCGCCUUAAGCAGGCGCCCUCUCUGGCCUGUUUCCUCUGGGAUUCUGUAAUGAUCACUUUCGGAAGUGACUCUCUUACAAGGGAGUCUUACAUGUGUGCCUCCCGUGCUCUUGAGAAGAGGAAUGGGGCAAAGCAAAAAGAAAAGCCAGGUAAACCAGGAGUCCAAAAGCUUACUAGCUGUGUGACCUUGGGCAAGGCAUUUUGUCCCCAUCUGCCUUGAUUUCCUCAUCUGUAGCAGGGAGAUCAUAAGGGCACCCAACUACCAGAGUUGUUGUAAGGAGAACAUACAACCUUGUGCAAGCCCAAAGGUGCAAACUAUGAUCAGGAAGGAGAGGGUCUGCUCUUGAGAGCCAGAAUCAAAAGAUCCACUUCCCCUCUAGACUUUUAAAUCCAGCCUGAAAGCAUUCCCAUCUGAAUUGUUCCCGAAGCUUUGAUGCUGUCUCCAGAAGGUCCCUGGUAAGUGGCACAGUUGUUUCUGGUAGGGUAACAGUUCUGUUAUCAUGCAUUAGCCUCUAUCAGGUGCCCAGAGGAGCUAGAAAAUAGCUCUGAUUGUCCUGGACAGUUGGGGCUGGAACUGGCUGGGCUUGAGCCUCCAGUGGGUCAUUUAAGGAUAUUUGGGCAGCUACAGGGAACAAUGCCAAAGAGACAAGCUGGCACCAAAGACCAGGAUUCUAGUAUUUCACAGCCAGGAGGGAGACAUCAGAGAAGGGAAGUUGUUGGCCUAGGGUCACUCAGCAUCGCCAGUCCUAGAACUUGGGCUGCCAGUUUCCCUGCUCCAUCUCUUAAAAAUGCCUCUGAAGUGGCAGAGAUUAGAGCCUAAAGGAAAGAUCAGAGUUGCUGUCCUAAUCUAAGAGCAAGGGAAUGGCUCAUCUCACCCCUCUAGACUGAGAGGUUGAGUUUCAGGGAGGGAAGUGCUCCCAUCUCCGAUAUGUCCAGCCAAUUUGGCCUUCCUACUAUUGCCAAUAUGAUUCACAACCCUUCUCACCUAACCCAAGUUGAAUGACAUCCUCUGCCACUGAACAAAAUGGCAAGAAUAGGUUGUCGAGCCACUGUCUACACUAUUUGGACAAUUACAGCCAACAAGAGAAGUAUAAAUGUUCUAGUUUAGAAAAGGGAGAAUGGAACCUCCAAACGUAGGCCAGGGGUCUUGAAUGAUUCCCAGGGAAAUUCUAGAAUGUACAUUAGAGAUGGUUUGUGAUUAUCUGAGCCAACAAGGCUUUAGCUCAUGCCAAAAUUGCUUCAUUUUCUUUUUUUGAACAAGUUGGUCAUUGAGGAGAUUCUAUAGAAAUGAUUAACCUAGGUUUUGGCAGAAUUUGAGAAAGUCCCUGACAUGCUUUUUCUGGAGGAUAAGGAGAAAUGUGGACUAGGUGGUCACACAAUUAGGGCCAAAACUGGCUGUCAUGAUUUCAUGUCACUGUGGCAAGAGGUGCCCAGUUGAGUGCCCAAUGGGUACAUCUGUGGCCCUGUGCCAUUCAACAUCUUUAUCAAUGGUAGUUAAUAGCCUUGAUGGCCUGCUUGUCAGACUUCCCCAAAACAAAGCUGGGAAGGAUAGUAAUCCAUCAGGUGACAAGAUGCAAAAAGAUCUUGAGGGCAUUGGGUCCAAAGCAAAUCCAAUGAAAUUCAUUAGGGGUGAGUGUAAUGUAUUACAGUUGGGUUCAAAAAAUGGAUUUCCCAAUUCUGGGAUAGGGAGAGUCAUAGACAAAAGGCCUGAAGAAACCUAGGAGGCUAGAGUGUCUCACAAAUGGAAUAAAUCAGCAGAGGGAGAAGAUGGUAAAAGAAACCUUUUUUCCAUCCUGGGCUACAUUGAGAAGGGGUAAGAGGGGUAAUACUCUGCCUUAGAGCACGUCUGGAGGACCAAGUUCACUUUUAAAUUACAGUUUAAAAAUACAGAUGAGCUGAAUAGGGUCCAGAAUGGUAAAGGGCCUGCCUUGAGUCUGUGCCACAUGAGAAGAAUCAAUCUGAAGCACCCAAAGAGGUUUACAAAGCUGGAGAGCAGACGGUGGCCAUGCUAGCUAACUAGCUUGCUUGCUUCGGGGAUUGAAGGUCUGUCCUCAGCAAGAGAUUAGAUUUAUUCUUUUUGGCCUGGAGCCUGCAAAAAGGUCAAACUGAGGCUGAGUUUCAGGAAACCUUUCCAGAGUGGAAUGAUAGAAGAUGAGGCUCCUUCCCAGGAUCUAGAUAAGACUAGAUCACUGCCGAGGCCCCUUCUACCUUUCAAAUUCCAUGGCAGACCUUCAUGCCGACACAGGCUGCCACCUAGCCCCAGAAAGAAUGAGCUCACUUCCUUCAGAAUCUGCUGGGACCUGUGCUUCUCAGGGCAUGUCCCUACCCAUGCAGGGCUCGCCUUCUUGGGAGUUUCCUGGAGGGCUGAAGUUUGAAUGACUUGACCAAGGAGAGCCCCAUCAUCAGGGACCAGUCAGAGGCUAUACUUGACCUUUUUGAGAGCUUUCCUGUUCCCUCCAUUAGCUAAUGCUUCCCCUUCCCCAUCCAAAAUUUCCUUUUAUAUUUUAUGUAUAAAAUAAGGCACAGUGGAUAGCAUGCUGGACAUGUAGUCAAGAAGAUUUGAGUUCAACUCCAGUUACUGGCACUAGCUAUAGGAAUGAGGCAAUGACCCGACUUCUGCCUCAGUUUCUCUAUCUGUAAAGUGGAGAUAAUAGUCACACCUACCUCUCCCCGGGGUGGUUGUGAGGACAGAAUGAAAGUCAUAAAUCAGCUGUUUGGAACCUGCUUUGAUAUGUCUGGGUCUCCCUCUGUUGAAUACAAGUUCUUUUGAUGACCAGAA